AUGCCUUCCAAAGAGUACGACAGGGAUAACAUCAUUCAUGUCGACAUCGACGAAGAAGAGACCGCUUCUGCGCUGCCGAAGCGGAAGAGCAGCAGGGCCGAACGUCCUUCCGGCGACAGGGACAAAGACCGGGACCGGGACCGGGACCGAGAUCGAGAUCGAGAUCGGGACAAGGACAGGGACAGGGACAGGGACAGAGACAAAGACAGAGACCGAGAGAGGGACCGCGACCUCCGCCACAAGUCGUCACGUUCCUCGAGACACCCCCGGACCUCGGCCGACAGCGAUCUGCAGUCUUCGUCCCAUUCCCACCGCAAGCGCCGACCCAAGGACCGGGACCGCGACAGAGACAAAGACCGCGACAGAUCACGAGACAGGGAACGUCACCGGGAGAAGGACCGCGACAGGUCGAGGUCGAGAUCCAGGUCCCGCGACAGGCCGCAGAACCGAUUCGAUGGCGUGGAAAAGUCGGAGCUGAGCGCGGACGUCGUCCCUGAGAUUGCACGUACCCGCGCGCCGCGCCCGUACCCUGGGUUCAGCAAAGCACACAGUAAGGAGAGCGUCGCACUAGACAGCAAGGAGGACCUCUCACAGCAGCAAUCGUCCGCAGUGUCGAGGACCCGCCGCAGCAACGAUCCGCCGACCCCCGAAGCCACCGACCUCGGCGGCGGCGAUGCAGGCAGCGACAAGCUCAAGCGAUCCAAGUCGGUCGACGAGAGGAAGUCAUCCUCGAGCCUCCGCAAGAGCAACGACCGUCCGCCCAGCCCCCCAGAGACGAACCUAUCGGAGCCCAAGGAUCGGAGGAGUUCGGGCACUCCAACGUCUACGAGAUCGCGGGAUCGAGACGACGCAGAAGGAGGCGGAGUUAGUGGGGUGCGCUCGACCGUCACGUCGUGGCUAUCGAGAGCAUCUUCAAAGCAUGAAGAUAGGUCCAAGGUCUCAACAAAGUCCAGAGCGUCUUCGAGCCAAGCCACCUACCUACGUGCGCCCACCGAGACGGAGACCAAGGCGACCUCGAGAUCAGGUGCUCCCUCGACGGCGUCGUCGAAGCGUACAAUUCACGUUCGCACAAGUCGACCAGACCCAAUUGACGUUAACCUUUCUCCAGAAUCGGCGCAGGAUUCGUCCCCCAAGACACCAACGGCCACUCCACAGUUCCCUCCACCGCCGCCGCCCAUGUUCGCCGACAGCAAGCACGGCGCCGGUGGGUUGCGCAUCCACGAUCCGCCAGAGCCCGUGCAGACGCCCUCUCACGAAUAUGGGCCCCCGCCACCGCCACCCCCGCCUCCACCCCUGAGCAUUUCCGAAACCCCCAAGGUCAACUACCUAAUGCAGCACGGCGGGCUGCCCAAACCCGUCUCCAAGAACUUCCUAGACGCCCUCCCCCGUCAGAACGGCACCAGGCCCUCCAACCCUCCGCUGAGCGGCACCGAAACGCUCUUUGCCCCCUUCUUUAACCUUCUAGACCAGUAUCAGACGGUAUUGGAAAACCAAGGGUCCGUUGCCGUGGCCACGGGCCACAAAACCAUCGCCAGGCGGAUACUGGAUCGUCUGGACAAUGUAUUCACCAGAGACCUGCCCGAAGACGGGUGUAGCUGCGUCAUGUGUGAGAAAACUGGCCGGCUUGCCCGAGGUCUAGGAUGGGGAGAGGUUUUGGAAAAGUACAAGGGCGAGAACCCACCUUGGCCGCCCUUUGACCUGAGUUCUCUAGGCAUUAGAGAUCCCGAUGAGGUGGUCGACAGUCUUCCGCCGCGACCCGACUCGCCUAUAAAGAUGGAUCCGGAUAUUGCAGAGGAGUUCCGCGGCCACUACCUACGGCAGAACAAAAAGGUUAAGGCGGCUGUUGACAAGUGGUUGACUAGUUGCGCCGAGGCACCGCCGCCGCAGGAGGUCGAUGAUGAAACGCUAACCUUUGCCAUCCUCACCAACCUCGACAUCGAAGAGCAGCCCUACUUUAACGCGCUCCUGGCCGGGUCGAAGGAGUUACAGCCCGCGAUGCGCGCACCAACACCGAUGCGCAAGAAGCCCCGGCAGGACUUCCUCGUGCGUACCGGGCUCGCCUUGCAGCGCUGGUAUGGUCUGCAGCUGGUACCGCGCGACGCCGAGACGGCCGUGUACCUGAUCAAAAAUCUGCACAUGCACGACCUCCUCCGCGCCGUCAGCGAUAUCAACACCUCCGAAUGGGAGCUACUGACAUCAGGCCGCUUCGAUGGAUUUUUGUGGAACGGUGCCGAUGAUUCGAUGAAUGAUCUGCUUACGCCGAUCGCCGAGACGCCUUCGUCGCGUGCUGGAACGCCCAAUGCGAGUGGCUUCUUCUCCCCGCGGAACUUCACCCCUUCGCGGGGUCCCACGCCCUACAGCCGUGGGCCGACACCGGCGUCGUUCAUCAGCGGCGUAUCGUCGGCAGUCGUCGUACCCCCUGGGAUGCCGGGUGGCGGCAACAAUGGCGGUAAGACUGCCGUGACGCUGGACGAGGAGCUCGAGGUUCAGGUCCUGUCCGAGGUUGAGCGGCACAUCUACCAGGGCAUGGAAGCGCUCGAGGACGCCUUUGAGGUGCUCCACCAGCGGGCCGAGGCGGUGCGCAACGCACUGCGACAGCGCAACGCAGGCCUGCAGAUCGGGCUCUCGCGGCGGCGGGCCGGUAGCACGGCUCUGCCGACGGUGGCUUCUGGCGGGAGUGUCGGCACGGCGGGCCAGGACGGCUCGCCGAGGUUCGAUACGUUCUACGGCCAGGACGAUGAUACGUUCUCGAUGGCUAACGAGUCGGAUUGGGGCGCGGACGAGUUUGGAGAGCUCCGGCCCGACGACUCGGCGAGCAACAUCAGCAGCUCGAGGCACAGGCGGCCCAAGAGGAGGAACGAGAGGAGGACGCCGGCGCCGAUUGAGGAGGAGGAAGAGUAA